CCAGAUUUCACGUGUCUGUUAUAACAGAAUGUGCUUCAAAAAGAUAAUGCUGUACUCAUUAUUAUAUUGACUGUGAAUUAUCUUUUUCGUUUAAAAGAAGCAAGUGUAUAUGGUUUUGAGAGUGAGUGUGGCUAUAUAUUAGUAGAUAGAAGUGUACUUUGAGAGAGAAUUGCAUAGGAAUUGAGAAAGAGAUUUGUUUAGUGAGAACAUUUCAGGACAUGGGGCUGUUUUGGUUUAGUGUGGUUUUGAUUGGAUUGGUGCUUGUUGGGGUUGAGGGGUACCCAGCUGAGGAUCUGGUGGUGAAAUUGCCUGGUCAGCCACAAGUUGGGUUUAAACAGUAUGCUGGGUAUGUUGAUGUGGAUGUGAAGAAUGGGAGGAGUUUGUUUUACUAUUUUGUUGAAGCAGAGAAUCAGGCUGACAAGAAGCCCCUAUCUCUUUGGCUCAAUGGAGGUCCAGGCUGUUCCUCUAUUGGGGGUGGUGCCUUCACAGAGUUGGGUCCGUUUUACCCUACAGGUGAUGGUCGAGGACUCCGAAGAAACCCAUCAUCCUGGAAUAGAGCAUCUAAUCUCCUCUUUGUUGAGUCUCCUGCUGGAGUGGGAUGGUCAUACUCAAAUACAAGUUCCGAUUAUAAUUCUGGGGAUGCUUCCACUGCAAGGGAUAUGCACACAUUCUUGUUGAAAUGGUAUGAGAAGUUUCCAGCUUACAAGUCUAGAGCGCUGUUCCUUACCGGAGAAAGCUAUGCAGGGCACUACAUACCACAAUUGGCUGUUGCUAUAUUGGAUCAUAACAAACAUUCAACUGGUUUCAAGUUCAAUCUCAAGGGGGUUGCUAUUGGGAAUCCACUUCUGAGACUUGAUCGUGAUGUACCGGCAACAUAUGAAUUCUUUUGGUCACAUGGAAUGAUUUCUGAUGAAAUUGGUCUUACAAUCAUGAACGAUUGCGAUUUUGAUGAUUAUGAAUUUGCAAUCCCUCACAACGUAAGUGUAGCAUGCAACAAUGCAAUAGCUACAGCCAAUAGCAUAGUUGGGGACUAUAUAAACAAUUACGACGUGAUUCUUGAUGUUUGUUAUCCAUCUAUAGUGGAGCAAGAACUGAGACUGCGGAAAACGGCUACUAAGAUAAGUGUUGGAGUAGAUGUGUGUAUGACAUAUGAGCGACGGUUUUAUUUCAACCUUCCUGAGGUUCAGAAAGCCCUUCAUGCAAAUCGUACAAACUUGCCUUAUAGCUGGAGUAUGUGCAGCAAUGUUCUUAAUUACAGUGAUACUGAUGGUAACCUAAACAUGCUUCCCUUGCUGGCAAGGAUAGUUAAAAAUCAUAUACCACUUUGGGUUUUCAGUGGAGACGAAGAUUCUGUUGUUCCACUAUUGGGCUCCCGGACACUCAUCCGUGAACUAGCACAUGAUCUAAAGUUCAAGAUAACAGUGCCCUAUGGAGCUUGGUUUCACAAAGGCCAGGUUGGAGGGUGGGCAACGGAGUAUGGAAAUCUGUUGACGUUUGCCACAGUAAGAGGCGCUGCACAUAUGGUACCCUAUGCUCAACCAUCAAGAGCAUUGCACCUGUUCAGUUCAUUUGUUCGUAAUCGUAGAUUGCCCAACACAACACGUCCUCCCAUUGAUGAAUAAGAUGUAUCAUAAAAAUUGGUAAUGCUUCAGCCGGAAGAUUUAGUAGUUUCAGAAGUUCAUUCCUUGACAACAAGGGAUGUAACUUAGUAGCAGGACUUGGUAAUUACAGAAGCUCAUUUCGUUACAACAAGGGUAAGACCAAUAAAUAACAUGAAUUGUUUUUAGUGAGACUACAAAACAAAGAGAGAGAGAUGAGCGGGCAAAACAGUAGAGAGGAAUAUUUAAUUUUUACGGCAUCUGCAAAAAAACAAUGAAGAACAUUGAUUGUAUUCUUCAACAUUAUUGAAUCCUCGCGUUUUGGGGAUAAUAUAGCAAGUUGAAAUUGUUUGUCC